AUGGCGAAUACACCGACGCUAAGACCCGCCCAAAGCGAGCGCUUGUCUGACUCGGGCUCCGUAACCUCCAGCCAAGAUGCACCCAAGGAGAAAAAGCCACCCGAUCCUAAUAUGGCGAAUCCACGCCUCCUCAUUAACCGUGCUUGUAUUUACGAGCGCCGUCUGCCGGGCGAUGCAUACAUUACCGCGCAUGUGGAACGUCUCCAACAUGGGCAUUAUUCGAGUGGUUCUCUCUCUGACAAGGAUGCCGAGCAUGUUGAUUUCCUCGCUAUUGGGUUUGUUUUUCAUUCGCCGCAUACGCUUUCCCAUCGGUUCAAGUCUGCUUCGAUCAAAGUGUCUAUUCGGGGUACGCCGCAGAUUUCUCGGUCGCCCUUUUAUCCACAUGGCUAUCCGCCUGGUAACCCCAGGUUCCUUAUGCAUGCGCCGCGCUUGAUCUACGGUACCGUCUCGCCAGAGACGAUGGAAUGGACUUUCAGCUUGGCAGGGUCGCUGGGUAUAUCGGAAAUGCCAGUAAGCGCGAGCGUGAUUCCCUCGGGGAGUGUCAACAGUCGAUACAAGCGGUACGAGAUGAUGCGCAUCCAAGGUUCGGCGCGGACCUUAAAGAGCCAACAAGGGCCUAGCUUUGAUGUUGAGGCUGGGGAGGUUGUCUGGUCGAUGGAAGAAAACAACUUGCAGAAGUCGGGUCUGCCGCGCGAGUUUACCUUCGUCAUGUUGAUUCAGAAACCUACCAUUGAUAGCCAGCUUGCUCUGUCCAUCGAGGUCGAGCCAGUCAUCGAUGUUUGGUUUGGAAGUUAUCCUAGUUGGAUGCUGGCCUUGUCCGCGUAUUCACCUGCGUCUAGACGAGGUGUCGACUUUCGACAGGAGGUUGGCCAGCGGUUUGAGCCCGUGGAUCCGACCCGGGGGUUCAAUUUCGCUGCCCUUGAGAGUCAGUUUGAUGAUUACAUCGCCAUGCCUGGAAGGAAGUUUAGUCGUCAGAUGCAAAUACCAGCCGACCCUGGAUUCUCAGACGACAGACGACAGCAACCUUAUCCCGGCCAAUAUGGCUCCAUCAAUCCAUACCAACUUCAACUCCAGAAUCAAACAAACAAUCUCUCUCUUCAGAACAACGGUCUUUCUCUCCAAAAUAACCUUCUGCAAACAACUCUACAACACCUAUGGAACAGCACUCAAAGCAACUAUCACCACGACCAGGCCCAAGGCCAGACCCAAAAUCAAGCACAGCCCCUAUACCAACCUCCACCGCGAGCAUCAACACCAACUAUUAUAGCUACGUCGCCGAACAUGACAGGUCUGCCAACUGCAGAGGCAAUAACGAAUACCCUCAAUAUCAGACUAUUACUAGAUAGAUCAACCUCACCACAUCAUCAACAUUCAAUCCAUACCAUGAAUAUGAACGGCAAGCCAUGGAGUCCUCCCCCAUCGCCCCUUGCAAAUAGGGCUGAAAGUUCAAGACUGGGUCGGACCGAAUCUCAAUCGAGACAUCUCCACAGCCCAACCCCCGGCAGUAAAGACCGGUCCUCAGAUGAAGAUGAAAUCUUGACGCACGAAGAAACGAGCUCUGUAGUGGAACCUCAGAAGGAUUGCAGUCUAUCGUUGUCUCCCUCGCCAAGGAACAAAAAGGAGAUUCGGCGUUCCCGAAAGCCAGGGUCUGGGAUUACACUGCAGGAAAUCCGUGGUGAAAUACGCGAUGAAGAAGAGAUCAAGCAGCAAGUGAGCUCUUCAUCGCGAUCAGAGUCUCCUACUCAAGCAACGAGACAACCUCAACCGCCACUCCAAACCUGGGAUGGGGUCUCCUAUUCCACCUCUGCCGUCAUACCACAGACUGCAAGGCGGAAUUUAAGAGCCAAUAUUGACAGUCGGCAUGGAGACGGCGGUGGUGGAAGUCAUCCUGGUAACGCUAUCGGGUACAAUCAUCAGCGGAUCAUGCGGAUGGCUAACUCGCCACUGUCAGCUUCGUUGCUUGCAGCUCUAACGGAGAAGUGA